AUGGAUAAUAUCUUCUUCUCUUUCACACCGUCUAAUUUUGAUGCAGUCCAAGAAAGUUUUGGUUAUCCUGAAGAUCUUGAGAUAGAGGAAUUAGCAACAUUCAAAGAGAAACAAGACCAUUUGGCUGAAAUGGAAGUAGGAGAGGCUAAUCCUCUGAUCUCUUCCCAAUAUGGUUUUCAUCAUCAAGAGGACAUAGCUAAGAAAGGAGCUGCCUAUUUGUUGAAAGGUCAAAGGCAACAUUCCCAGAACCCACAACCUUAUAGAUUAACCGAUUUGAUGUUGGAUGCUGUUUCCCCACAAACACAACCAAUACAAGUUAGUGCAGGGCUUGCGCGUAUCCCAGAAACAGGUCCAGAUUUCCCAGAACAAGAUAAGCAAAUCCCACAUCCAUUUUCUUUAGCUUCUCUAAAGCUCCUAACAGAUUACGGAAGUGGGUUCAAGAAGUUGAAAGGGGAAAGAUUAAGCGGUGAAAGUACUGAAAGUACCUGUGUUACAAGCUGCAGAUUGUCAACGGAAGAAAUCAUGAGGGUGGCUGGAGGAAGGUAUAUCCAAUUCCGUCACCAAAUGUAUGAUGAUUAUUACAUGCCUACGCAUUCUUUUGGUUUUGCUCUUCCGGGUGAUCUCUCGGAGGACGAUAAAAGAGAUGUGGAACUUGCGCAUCUUCUUCUGGCUGCGGCUGAGAAGGUGGGCUUCCAACAAUACGAUCGUGCAAGCAGACUACUUUUACAUUGCGAAUGGAUUUCGUCUGCAAGAGGUAAUCCGGUCCAGAGAGUUGUUUAUCAAUUUUCCGAAGCUCUCAGAGAGAGGAUUGAGAAAGAAUCAGGAAGAGUAGUACACACGAAGCGGGGACUCGAGGAAAAAGAUGAUCAUCAGGGGUUGAGUAGAAAUCAUGCAUACCUUACAACGUAUCAACAACUUCCUUUCCCUCAACUAUUGUUUUUCGCAGGAAUCCAAGCUAUAAUCGAAAACAUCGCCUCCGAACAUAAGAUCCAUUUGAUAGAUAUAGGAAUAAGGUGUGGAGUCCAUUGGACAGUCUUGAUGCAAGCUCUUGCAGACAGACAAGGUUGCCCCAUUGAACUUCUGAAGAUAACUGCUGUUGGAUCGACAGACAGUGAGGAGACAGGCAAGAGGUUAGCCGAUUUUGCAGAGUCCUUGAAGUUGCCAUUUUCAUUCAAAUCAGUUCUGUUAUCAGACAUGAAAGACGCCAGGAAAGAACUGUUCGAAACUGAAGAUGACGAAGCUGUCAUAGUUUAUGCUCCAUAUAUCCUGAAGACGAUGAUCUCAACGCCUCGUUCCUUGGAAAACCUGAUGAAAGUGAUUAGAAAUCUGUAUCCAUGCAUAAUGGUUGUCAUUGAAGUCGAAGCAAACUACAAUUCACCCUCUUUUGCGGAUCGCUUCAUUGAUGCACUGUUCCAUUUUAGUGCAUUUUAUGAUAGCUUUGAGGGUUGUUUGAAACAGUACAGUGAGGAUAGGAUUAGAAUGGAAGCGAUUUUUGGUGAAGCAAUAAGAAACAUUGUGGCAGAAGAGGGGAGAGAAAGGACUGUUCAAAGUGUUACGUUGGAUGUGUGGAGGGCGUUCUUCAGAAGGUUUAGAAUGGUGGAAAUUGGGAUGAGUGAGUUAUCGUUUAUGCAUGCUAGUUUGGUUGUCAAGAAGUUUGCUUGCAGGAGUUCUUGCACCAUAGAUAAGAAGGGGAAAUGCUUAAUUGUUGGGUGGAAGGGAACUCCAAUUCACUCACUUUCCAUUUGGAAGUUCCAUUAA